UUAUCCCCUGUUGAAAUUACAUUUUGAAUUUGAAACGGUGAGAAAUGAUGUCUGAUCAUCGGCGCUACACCGACGCAGAAACUUACGGCGGAUUCUGGAAUACUCCGAGUAGUGCCAUCCAACAAUCGCAGCAGCCCGGCUACGAGCAAAGUUAUCCGCAGUCUCACCAGUACCAAUAUUAUCCGGCUGCUGCCGUGUCGUCGGCGGGUUCGCACCACAAUGCCGAUCCUUACAACAGUCAUCCAGCCAUUCCCUUGUCGCCUCCUUCGUCACGACCAGUUUCGGUGAGUUCCGAUGAGAACAGCUUGGCCGCGUCCAGCAGCGGACAUCUCAUGCCGCUUUACUCAACUGGCCGCCCGUCAUUCCACCAAUCCGGUUACGCAACCAACGGAAUCAAACCGGAUCCAGACCGUGAAGAUCAGCGCCACUUUUUCCAGCAACGUCAACAAAUGUCUUCCAUCGAAAAGGACUCGUUCAUGGUGGCGUCGGAAGAAGAUUGCGCAACGUACGGGAGCAUGUCUCAGACGGAAGACUCGCUGGAUUCAGACGGCGACGAAUCAACGUCCGGACACAUCCUGGCGCCGGAAUCUUCGUCGUCGUCGUCUGGCUCGUCUGUGGCGUCGACGGUGGCCGAUCAAAACGCCCAACAUCAUUUGGACGGACACCAAGGACGUCGCUGUCUGCUCUGGGCUUGCAAGGCUUGCAAAAAGAAGAACGUCACCGUCGACCGGCGUAAAGCUGCAACAAUGAGGGAGAGGAGACGCUUAAGAAAGGUCAAUGAAGCCUUUGAAUCGCUGAAACGUCGGACUAGCAACAAUCCGGGCCAGCGGCUGCCUAAAGUGGAGAUUCUGCGCAAUGCCAUCGAAUACAUCGAGUCGUUGGAGGACAUGCUGUCAUCCUCGAGGGAUCCUUCCACAUCGGGCGGCGGCGGCGAUUCUGGCCAGAAUAGAGGAGACAACGAACCCAUAUCGGUUCACAACAACGGCUACGUAAGUCAUAUAUAUACUUACCCCGUCGCUCUUUUUGUUCAAAUGAAUGGCUCUCACCACUCUCCGGUUACGCUACAAUUUCACCAUCCAUUUUUCUUCUUUAUUCUAUUGGCGCAGAUGACGAACGUUGUGGCCUACUACCAGACUCGACUUCAUCAGUUCAGCGAAUGUCUGACCAACUUCUCGCCGUUAAUCGGUAAUGAAGGAUCUGGUGGAGGGCAAGGAUCCGCUCCGGGAUCGUCCAGUCUCGACCGGCUCAGCUUCAUCGUCGAGAGUUUGGCCACGACUUGCACCACGACCACAGCUCCAACCAACACCGGCACAGUCUGAUGAUUGAAAUAUAGUAUAUUCUCUCUCUCUCCUAAGAAAAAGAAAAUUUUUUUAUCAAUUGGAAAAUAUUUUGAAAAUGAAACUCAUUCUCUAGAUCGAAACGCACGAGUUGUUUACUAACCCCCUCAAACUGUUGUACAUAUUUAUCCUACUUAAAACAAUAGAACUUUUUUCUCCAUGA